AUGUCACUGCCUAACACGUCAUUCCAUAGCGAUUCGAAUUUUGAAUCAGCUGUACAAGAUCUCGAACAAGAGAAGAAAAUGGUGGCAGCCUUGAAGAGACUAUCUAUAGGACAUAUGAUGCAAUAUGACCCCGAUUUACCACCAGGCAGUAUGGAUGACAUUGAUCCCUUUGCAAACAACAACAACACCACUACUACCAGCAGCAACAAUAACCACCACAAUCCUCAUACCAGAGAUCACACCAACAACAACACACACAAUCAUUCUCCCAACUCAAAGUUGAACAACCAUCGUGGUCAAAGCCCUUAUGAUGAAGAUCUAAUUCCACAGAAUAUUCACAGAUCACACUCAACUCGAUCACGAUCAAAAUCACAUUCAACUUCACCUUCUACUUCUCCUCAACACAAACAUCAACAGCAACAGCAGCAGCAAUCUUUUCCUCAUGAGCCACAGACCCCCCCUUAUAACAAAUCACCUAGUCCAGUCAAGAGACGCAGUUUUUACGACAAUUCUAGCGUGUUGACAUCAGAAAGUCAUGAUAUAUUUUUUGAUGCCGAAGAUGAAGUUUAUGAUAGCUCAUCACCUUUGUUGUGGGUACCGGCUAAUUCUCAUCCUCAAGUGAAUCCCGAGUCAUUUAAGAGUUUAAUCAAAACUCAAGUCGAAGAGAUAUUGGAAAGAAAGCUAUCUCGAAAAUCAACUAUUUCGAGAAGGUCAACAUUAUCACGUAGUUCUUCAACCAGUACCAAAGAAACAUUAGCACCAGAACCAGAAAUAAGCCCAGAGCUGGAACACGAUGUGUCUCCUCCUUCUCCAGUAAGAAAAUCUUCAUUGUCUUCCUCGUCACAACAGAACCCGAAUGAAGAUAUUUCUCGAAAGUCCUCAUCCUCCGUUUCUUCAACUUCUCCACAAAAAGAUCCAACAAAGAGAGAAUCUUGGUACUUCAACAACCCAAAAAGAUAUCUGAAUCCUUCAUUGCGAGAGCUAACUUCAGAAUUAGAGCAGUUGUCGAAAAUGGCCGGCAUGGACAAGAAUGAUGCCGUGACUUUGGCAAGAACUUUGUCGGCGCAAUCGUUGGGAUACACUGACGUGGAGAAAUUAGCCUUUGAUGAAUUAGACGGUUCACAAACAACCGCUACAGCGACAACUCCCAAUUCACUGGGCUCAUCAGGAGGUUACGAUUCUGCCAGCUCACCUCGUACCACAACCUUGCAUUUGCAACAGCGUCUACAACAACAAUUUCAACAGGCCCAAAUGAAGGCCGAAAGAGAAGCAGAAAGAACAACCAGACACCAACAAAGGCAACAACAAUGGCCAAUAUCCAAUGAAAGUAGUCAUAAAUCUCUGUCACAGUUCUCAACCAAUGAUGGAAGUUCUACUCCUAAUAUUUUUACCAGUAGUGGAAGUGGUACCGACUUUGCUUUGAAACGAAGUAGAAGAACUGACUAUCGGAAAAAGGAAACUGACUCCAAACAAAAGACAUCAAAUAAUUCGCCUCCUACAAGAAAGUACAAUGUUCGUAAUUCUCAAUUGUUGUUUAAUUACAAGAGACCAGUAGAUUCUCCUUCGCUGUCACCUUCACCUUCACCUUCACCAUCGUCAUCUCAAAGCAUGACGGGUCAUAGAGUGAAGCACAAGAAAUCUCAAAAGUCAUUGGAAGCAGCAUUGGCUAAUCCAAUAGUCGAUGGCUCAGAUAUGUCGCAUAAUCCAUACCCUACUGCAUCAACCACCAUUGAUUUCAGUCGUAUGGGUGUCAAAAAGUCAAACAAACAACCACUUAGUCCAGAGAAUGCCAUGGAUGGCAGAUCUCGCACAAAGCCAGAAAACAAACCCCAUCGUGGUUACCCAUACCAAGAAAGGUCUCAUCCUUAUCAUCAACAGCCACAACCUCAGGUGCAACCCCAAACACAGAGACAGUCAACGAGACAGGCCCACAAUCAUCAGGGCAUAGGGGCUGAGAAGCAACAUCGACAGGAUAACAAACGUAUCAUGCUGUCAGCUACUAAUACGGACAUAAAUGAUUUCAUGGUGCAACUGAAUCAAUUUCAGACUAAUGGGUCAAGGCACCAUCGAUAUGACAACCUCCAUAAAAAGGACAAGACGGCAUUGUUUGCAAAUGAAGACCCCCAACGUAAGUCUCAUUCGACAAGAAACUCAAAUAUGAGAAAUAUGUCUUCGUCGCCUCAACAGCAUUUACAUCAACCGUAUCUGACUACUUCUGCUGCUCCCAAAUCGCGUCAACUACAUCAAAAUUUAGACAAGUUAAGGUCAGAGAUCAAUGAAUUCAAGGAAAGUUUGAACAAAUCGGACUCACCUGGCGAAGAUUCCAAAAGAGCACACAGACUGCAUCACGACCAGUACCAGCAACAACACCAGCACCAGCACCAACGACAACAAGCACCAUCACAGCAACAACUUGAACCUCGCAGUUACAACCAUAAUGACCGCUACCGAAGCCAACAACCACAUGAACGCUUACAGCCCCAACAAGUCCAACCAUUACAGUCAGAUACUAGCUUUGACAUAAGUUAUCAGGACCUAAGUGUUGAAGAUCAAUUAGGUAUUGAGCAAGAGGCAUUGAGAGAAUUAGGCAAGGAAAAGGGGAAUUCUCAUGAAAUUGAUAUAGAUGAUGCAUUUGAUGAAGAUUUGGAGGUUCUGCCUAUCAAUGAUGGAACUCGUUCUCAAUUCACACUCGACCAUGACAUUUUGGGCAGCUUCGAUUUGAUGGAUAAUCAAUUGGUUGGAUCUGCAGAUGAAGAGAUUCAAAACCUCAAUGGUAAGACUGAGGUCCACGUUACGCGACAACAACAAGAACCACAACAACCUAGAAAUAUUUCACCGCCAUCUUCACAACAAUACGUGGCUCAUGAUGAUUUGCGUUUGCCUCCAGGUAAAGAUACUGAUAGAAAAAGUGGUCCUGGCUUAAGUAUUGAUUUGUUGCAGAGUAAGCCAAUUCACCCCGAGGAAACUGCAAUCGGGUUUGGAAUGAAUGCGUUACCCUCUCCAACGUUACAUUUAGAUGAAUCUCAAAAUAGUACACCUGGACAUCUGCGAAAGACUAGUAAUUCUGCCAGUUACGACGAUUACUACAAUAUAGCAGACAAAUCAUCCACUGCAGGUACCCCCAAAACAAAGAAAGAGACCAAAGUCAAGACAAAAUUAUUUAACAAAGACCCCAAUUUGGAAAUUAUAGACUCUGACAACUACAAAGAAAAAAUGGGUAUUGAGACAUCUAAUAACAAAAAAUUGAAGAAGAAAAAGUCUUUUGGUUUGCUUAGUACAACAUCAUCUGUGGGGGGGAACAAUGCAUCUGAAAGUGAGGGCCCCAAAAAAUUGAAAAAGAAAAAGUCAUGGGGCUGGUUGCGGGAACGUUCUGCCAGUACGUCAUCUGCAGAUAUCAACAAUUUACCACCUUUGCCACUUGAUAAAUUGCCUACGAGGUCAUUUUCAAAUCCCGAAACAUCUACUGAUCAGCACCACAAACAAGACCUUGCAAAUGGCUCAGACCUUGAGCAGGAAUUAGAGCAUGAGCCACAACUUGAACUUGAGUUGGAGCUGGACCUUGAGUUUGAUUACGAACAUCAAAGAAAGCAUCAAGAUGCUUCAUUGAUCAACGAUUCAAGCUUUGCAGUUGAUUCUACUUCUAUGAAGUCAACAGACAAGGAAAAUGUUCUAUCCAAACUUUUCAAGAAAAAGACAAAAGUGCCAGGUUCAAGCUCGCAGUCGGUAUUUUCAUUUGAAUCAAGAGGCUCAGGGGCUAGUGUCGACUACGAAUCGGACAACGAUGCAAAGCUGAUGAAAAAGAAGACCAACAACAGCAGUAAAUUAUUUAAGAAGAAAUCAAAGGCCAAAUUAUCAGAACAAGAGAAUUCAGUGAAUAAAGAGAAGCUUCGACCUUUGAAUUUGGUGUCAAAAGAAUCACAGACAAUUGAGGAGAAAGAGAAUUUGCGGCAAAGUAAUGGUACUCGCAAGUCAGAACGGAUUGAGAACCAAGAGCAACAUGAAGAGCAAUUGCCUGUAACCUCGUCACCCAUACAUCAAUUCAACAUUGAACAUCUCAAGGACGAUUUUAUCUCUUUUGGGGAGAAGGACGACGUUUUGGAUUCUGGAGCCCAAGAUUUUGUCGAAGGUGUACAAUCUCGUAAUAUUCAGAGCACAAUUGUCAUUGUUGAUGAAGAUGAAGAAGCUUCUACUGGAAAUAACGCUGCUAACAAUGAUUUGGAGACGUUAAGGGUUGAUGAAUUGUCUAAGAAGAAAUCGGUCAGCAAGAAAAAACAUAACAGGGUACAGAAAAAGAACCCUUCAACGGAACUUGCUGAUACAAACAAGGAGAUGGUAGAGGAGGUUCCUGCAGCAGAUCAGAGUAUCAAGCCAAGCCCAGAGGACGAAGUUGCUUCUAAGAAUGAAGAUAAAGAGAAGUUAGACAUUCAAGAAAAGUUGAAAAAAUCAAUUAAGCGUACGUCAAGAGCUAACCAACCUAUAGAGUUUACAGACUCUGCUUUUGGGUUUCCCUUGCCACCACCAUCUCAGUCAACUUUAGUGAUGCUUGACUACAGAUUUCCGGUUCAUGUUGAACGUGCUAUUUAUAGAUUGUCACACUUGAAGCUAGCUAACCCCAAACGUUCAUUGAGAGAACAAGUUUUGUUGUCAAACUUUAUGUAUGCCUACCUUAACUUAGUUGAUCAUACAUUACAUUUGGAGCAACAAAACAUGAGUAGUGAGGAUGGUGAUCAGAUGGAACGUGACGAGGAAGAGGAAGAAGAAAUGACUGACACGGAUGAGAAAGACAUGAUAUUUGGAGAAAGUAGUAUCGCCGAUGAGGACGACAUUAUGCCCGAGGAAGCAAAUGGCGAUUCAAUUGGGAUUAACUUGGAUAUGGCUGGUAUGGACGUUUUACAUAGGAAACAGCACCAUCAUUCUGGAAUCGAGGUAUAG